AUGAAUCAACAUAUGCCGGCAUUGUACAAUCGUUUCGUUAAGAAGAUACUUCUGAUCCUGCUGGCUUUGCUACCGUUGCUGGUGCAUUCCAAACCGGCUGCUACCUUGUCAGACUCAGCAGCACAGCCCGACUCGCCGGACACCAUAGAUCGUGCCGACUUGGGUAGAAUCAAACGGUCCGGUCUGAAUCUCGUGUCCGGUCUCAAAAGCACACUACUAUCGGGCAUCGGACAUGCGUCGGCCUCCCUGGCGGCCAGCAGCAGUGGGUCCGCAUCUUCCGCUGUAGCCAUGCACGCUUCCGGCGCGUCGUCGGCGUCGGCGUCGUCGUCUAGCGGCAAGCACGAAACUCAUGAAAAACCUCACGAGGAGGCCAAAUUCGACGGCUGGGGCCUAAAGAAGUCCAUCCUGAACACGCUGUUCCAGGCGGUGAAGGCCAUCACCGGUGGCAUCACCAUCCUGAAGGGUCAACUCAUCAAGGGCUCCGGCUACGCGGUUAGCGGCCUUGGCAAGGUGAUCGCCGUCGGUGGCGAUGCCGUCUCGGAUGUGGGCAAGAAAAUUACCACAUCGGCCCAGCUGGUCCCGUCGUCGGCCCACUCCAACAUACACCCGUUCGCCAAGCUGAGUGGCUCGCUGUCGUCCGGUGCGGCCGGUCUAGUCUCAUCUGCUUCCUCGUCAUCGUCCGGCUCGUCGUCGUCGUCUGGCCACCACACUGGCCCAGCAAGUGAAAGUUUCACCAGCUACGAAACUCCCGGAAGCUAUGGUCAUGAUGUGCACAGCGUUCCCUCAGCCGCUGCCUACCUACCGCCGAAACCGUCCUCUUACUACAAAUCUCCGCUGACAUCCUACGGUACCGACAUCGAAUCCGUUGCGUACCCAACGGCAUCGCACUACAUAACGAAGUCGGGUAAGACCAGUGUCGUAGAAGCAUCGGACGUGCUGAGGGAAAUUUUGAAACAGAAAAUACCGACCGGGACGGGACACAGCUACAACAGUUACCAUCCGGGAACCGGACCGAUGAAGUACGAGAAACAGGUCAUCUCCCAACACACCAUCCCAAAUGAUCCCUACCCUCCACCAUUCCGGCCGCUGAAGAGCAACAGCUACCUGCCGCCACUGUACGGUCUACCGCAUGGUCCCGUUGACUCCGUUACCCACUCCCAAUCGAUUACCACUUCCUUCGGUGGUUCGCUGCAUUCACCCUACAUCGACGAAAACGAAUCCCAGUUUCCACCCUCUUACGACAUCUAUCGAUCCAUGAGCGUCAAAAUGUCCGGUAAGAAAGAAUCGAAGAACCCGAUUUCGCACUCCCAUUCCAGCCAACCCGAUCCGCGGUCCAAAGUGGCCUACACCAUCAGUUCCGGCUCGCUUCCAAGCACUAACUCUGUAUCCCUGUUCCUAUCCCCACCCGUACCGACCGCACUGACAGAUGACCGUAACAGCGAUGACAAUCACGUUCACCAACAGCAACUGCACGACCUCAGCCUGAAGCUGGGGCCCGGAAUCGAGGUCCAGAAGUCGCUGGCCUACGAGCUGGACGAAACGGACCGAUCGUCAAAGCUAACGCCGACCAAACAGGACCACCGACGACGAUCAACGGGCGACAAGAAAGUGCUCAGCAGCAGCAACAGCAAUAGCAGUAGCAACAGCCACGGCAACAGCAGACUGACCCGCGACAGUAGUAGUAGUAUCAACAGUCCCAGCAACAGUCAGCCGGGUGCUGUCAGCCGGGAAGACCAACAGACGAAAAAAUCCGAGACAUAA